UCUCUCUCUCUCUUUUUAAGAGUUGACCCGUUCCGUGGUUUGGGACUGAUGAGGAGCUCCGGAAUAGUAGCUUAGCUCGGAUUUUGCGAGGCCCCCAAUUCUUCUUCAAUCUGUUUGAAAAGAUUCUUCUCUGAGAACUAUGAGUACGGGAAUAAAGAAAUCCCCUUCAAAUGGCUCUGAGAAGAUUUUAUCAUUUGAAGAGCAGCAGGCAAAGAUUAACGAAGUGAAGAGGUUGAUAGGAACAUUGCCUGAUAAGUUGUCCAUUUAUUGUUCUGAUGGAUCCAUCUCAAGGCAUCUGAGGGCAAGAAACUGGAAUGUCAAGAAAGCUACGAAAAUGUUAAAAGAUACCUUGAAAUGGAGGGCAGAAUACAAACCGGAGGAGAUUCGUUGGGAAGAGGUAGCUCGUGAAGCAGAAACAGGGAAAAUUUACAGAUCAAAUUAUUUUGACAAGCAUGGGAGACCAGUUCUUGUCAUGAGACCUAGUUGUCAGAACUCAAAGUCGACAAAAGGACAGAUUAGAUACUUGGUAUACUGCAUGGAGAAUGCUAUUUUAAAUCUACCUCCAGAUCAGGAACAAAUGGUUUGGAUGAUAGAUUUUCAGGGUUUCAAUUUGUCACAUAUUUCAGUGAAGUUGACACGGGAAACUGCCCAUGUUUUACAAGACCAUUAUCCAGAACGCCUAGGUCUUGCAAUACUGUACAAUCCACCAAAGUUUUUUGAACCAUUCUUUACGAUGGUAAAGCCUUUUCUAGAGCCAAAGACUUACAACAAAGUCAAGUUUGUUUACUCGGAUGAUGUCAAUGCCAAGAAGAUAAUGGAGGAUCUAUUUGAUAUUGAUAAACUGGAGGCUGCAUUUGGGGGAAAUGAUACAUCAGGUUUUGAUAUAAAUAAAUAUGCUGAGAGGAUGAAAGAGGAUGACAAGAAGAUGCCUGCAAUUUGGACAAGAGGAAAUCCUGCCUUGGCAGCCUCAGAACCUGCCCCUACCAGUGCUGCUCUUACAUUGGAUUCUAUCAAGUUAGACUCAGAUUCUGAUGCAUCUGAUAAUGAAAAAACAGACAGUUCCUCAUCCCAUGGGAUAGAACCAGAAGUUGUCUCAGACCAUGAUGAACUGGUGGCUGCCGGUACCAGAAACGCUACAGAAGAUGUACAUUGAGUAUAAUAAUGGCUCAAGGUAUAUGGUGAGUUAACCGAACUGCUGUAUCUUGCUGACCCUUUUUGGCUGUCUGGUUAGGUACUAAAAAUUUAGAGGGAUUCUGUGAACUCGAGUUAUCAAUUUAUUUGAGCAUUUUGGAGACGCAAUGAAUGUAUUCGCCUUGUGCGAGGUAGUCAGAACUCAUGUAGUCCACAAUUCACAUAAGAGAUAAUAGUGUUUGUCUCCGUUCUUUGUGCCU